UCGAAUCCGUGUCAUUACAUACUGAAGAGUGCAGAUCAUUAGAGUUUCUCUUGUCAUUCAAUAAACUGCCCCGUGCCGUGCCCACAAUGGCCAGAUUGUUAGUGCUUCUGGCCAUCUUGGCUUGCUCGUGCCAAACAAUUUCUGCAGAGUAUUUCACCGAAUAUACAGCUGACAAAGACUACCUGAUCAAGCAAAAACGUAUUUACAAUAUACUUUACUACUUUUCACAACCAGACAUUGUCAACCCAGAACUCUACAAGGAAGGUCAAGCAUGGGACAUCAAGGCGAACAUCGACUCCUACACCAACAGUACUGCAGUGAUGGAAUUCCUCGAUCACUGGGAAAAUGGUAUGCUUCCCCGUGGAGCACUUUAUUCCAUCUUCUACCCAAUUCUCCUGCACGAGACGAAGGCCCUCUUCAGGUUAUUCUGGUACGCCAAGGAUUUUGAAACUUUCUUCAAAACUGCAUUAUGGGCUCGUGCUUAUAUCAAUGAAGGCAUGUUCGUUACUGCUUUCGCUCAAGCUGUGAUUAGACGCCCAGAUACUAAGUACAUAAGACUACCAGCUCCUUACGAAUUAUACCCCUACUCUUUCUUUAAUUCUGAAGUUUUAGAAAAAGCUCAUCAUGCCAAACUCUUCGGAAAAUUAGAAUCAAAAUCAGGUGCUGGAUACGACACCUACAUCAUCCCAGCAAACUACUCAGGUUGGUACCUCAACCUGGAUUUCGACGAAGAACAUAAAUUAUCCUACUUCACUGAAGAUAUUGGUCUCAACACCUUCUACAUGUACUACAGAUUCGAGUACCCAUUCUGGCUAAGCACCGAGGAAUUCGGCUUAACUCCCGGAUACCGAGGAGAAGAGUAUCUUUAUGGUCACAAGCAACUUUGGAAUCGAUACUUCCUAGAACGUAUCUCCAACGAUUUGGGAUAUAUUGAAGAUUUCGACUGGGAUAAGGAAUUCCAUACUGCUUACUACCCAACAAUGACCUUCCACAACAGCUUCCCAUACCCCCAAAGGCCCCACUGGACUCGAUUUCCAGAGUACAAAUUCAAGUACAUUGAGGACGUCAAGAAUUACGAAUCUCGUGUAACAGGCGCGAUUGAUUCUGGUUAUAUUCUGAAAGCCGAUGGAAAAUGGGUCAACAUUUACACGCCCGAAGGUCUCAAUCUCUUAGGAAACAUUAUUGAAGGAAAUGAAGAUUCCUACAAUCUCCCAUUCUAUGGCAGUGUUGACUUCUGGGGAAGGAAGAUUUUAGGAUUCAACCCCGAACCUAACAAUCCUUACCAAAUCAUUCCAAGUGCCCUAGAGUACUUCGAUACCAGCUUGAGGGACCCUGCUUUCUACAGACUAUACAAGAAGAUUUUCUACUACUGGUACAGAUACAAGGAGCACAUGAAGGCCUACCAGAAGGAGGAGAUAAUCUUCCCAGAACUGAAAAUCGACUCUGUGGUUGUGGACAAACUCCAAACCUAUUUCGACCAAUAUGACACUAUUGUUAGUGCAGGAAUGGUAGUCGAAAGCCAAAAGGAGGCUGAAUCAACAUACGUUAAAGUUCGUCAACCCCGUCUUAACCACAAACCAUUCAAAUUCCACAUCACCGUCAAAGCUGAUAAACCCACGAAGGCUGUGAUGAGGAUCUUCCUUGGACCCAAAUUCGACAUGCACCACAAGCUGUACGACUUUAGAGAGAGCUAUAAAUACUUCUACGAAAUUGAUCAAUGGAUAUUUGACUUGAACGCUGGUACUAACAAAAUCGAGCGCAACAGUCGCGAUUUCUUCUUCAGCAUGCCAGAUUUAGAAUCCAGUGACAUCUUCUACAAGAGGCUGGAGAAAGCUAUUGAUGGUGAAUCCUUCACCUACCAGGGAAGACUCUAUGGUUUCCCAGAAAGGCUCAUCUUGCCCAAGGGUAAAAGAGAAGGUAUGCCAUUCCAGUUCUUCGUCUAUGUGAGUCCUUUGACAAGCGAACCAACGAAGUACAGCUCAAGAAUCUUCGGUGACUACCUUCUGGACUCAAAGCCCUUCGGCUUUCCACUGGACAGACCAGUCUACGAAUUUCAAUUUAAUGCACCCAACAUGUUCUUUAAGGAUGUUAACAUCUUCCACAAAGACGAAUAUGAGCUAAACAUCACGCAUUAGUUUCUUGAGUAAAUUGUAGCAAUAAUAGAUUCACUUUUCUAUCUUCUCCAUUUUAUCUUCGCUUCUGCAUCUCUUCACUAAAGCUUGUAAAUUGUUGCGCCAAUAAAGACGUUUUGAAUAAGAA